GAACGUAUAACUAUACAAUACUUGUAGCUGUCAAUCAACCUACAAUGACACACUCAGUUGAUGGUUUUAGUCCAUAUCAGAAUUACACUGCUAGUGUUAGUGCUAGUACAAUCAUUGGAGCUGGACCAGUGGCUACUACUGCAGGAAGAACACUACCAGACAUUCCUAGCUCACCUCAUCUGGUUGUGUCUCCAGUUGUCAUUAAUAAUUUAACAGUAGCUUAUACUGUACCAGUCCUUAAUGAAACUACUAUUAAUAUAACAUGGAGUCCACCAUCUCAUCCUAAUGGAAAAAUCAUCAGAUUUAUUGUUAGAAUAGCUACUGAUGCUAUUACUAGUCCUAAUAAUGUUCCAUUUGAACCUGGCAAAACACUACACACACUGAUAUAUAAAGGAUUAAAGGGAAAGACUCCUUAUUAUAUUUCAGUUGUAGCAGUCAAUCAAGUUGGUGAGGGGAACUUAGCAGCAACAUUAACUGCUAUUGUCUUCACUAAAACUGACAAUAGUGUUACUGUAUCACCAUCAAAUGUUCAAGCAAUGAGAGUAGGAGAUACAAUAGUGUUAUCAUGGGAUCCAGUGACACUAGAAGAAGCUAAAGGAUUCUUUGUAUACAGUAUCAGAUUAACUCCUGAUGAUGGUAGCACUAGCAGUACAUUAAGACAAACUAAUACAAGGACUAUAUCAGUAGCUUAUGAUACCACAUCAGUUAAUAUAACUGAUACUGAACCACAGUUAGCUUAUACUGUGAAUAUUAGUAUAUUGCUAUUGAGUGAUGUAGGACCAAUUGAAGGACCAGUUGUAAGUGAAAUUGUACAAGCGCCUCCAUCAAACAGUACUACUAGUGCAAGUGCUACUACUACUACUACUACUAGUACUGAUUCUACAUCAAGUGUAUCAGUGAUAUCAGCAAUAGUUUCAGUUUUGGUUAUAUUUGUUACUUUAGUGAUAAUGAUUGUUUGCGUGAUUUUUACAAUAAUUUAUAGAAAAAAGAGUAGUGAAAGUCAUGACAUUGAUGUAACACCUAAUGCAGGCUAUGGUAUGAUUAAUGUUGUCAAUACAACCACAGAAAAUGAAGAUGGAGUUUAUGAAAGAAUAAGGGAUGAUCAGGUUUAUGAACAAUUAGAUGAACCUGAUCUGCUUGUAGCAAGAGAAAGUGCUGCUGACACAAGUAGCACAAUAUAUAAAAAUACUACUGUGUCUGUUGUUAAAGCCAGACUAAGUAGCACAACAUAUGAGAAUACUACUGCUCCUCUUGUUAAAGAGUCUACUAGCUUUCAUGAAACAGAAAAUGAAGAAUGUGUGUAUGAACUAACUGAUACCUCAUAGUAACUUUUUUUUGGUGUGCAUUUACCAAGCAAAUUUUAUAAAUGUGCUGCAUAAUAAAUCUUCAUACAUUAUAA